AUGGUGGCCGUCCACGAAAAAGAAAUCACCCAUAGAUCUGCUACCGCAGAAGGAAAAAUAAAGUUUAGCAACAGAGAUUCCAUCAAAUUAAUCAUCUCCAAUAGCAACAAGAAGGGCGAUGUGUUGUCAAUUGCAAGAAUAGCAGGCAUAAUGGCGGUGAAAAAAACUGCUGAAUUAGUGCCAUUAUGCCAUCCCAUCGCAAUCACAGGAAUCACUGUUGAUCUUGCCCUGAACGAGCAAGAAAAUCACAUUUCGGUCCAGUGUACAGUCCAAUGUGAUGGGAAGACUGGAGUCGAAAUGGAAGCGCUAACAGGCACCACUGUGACUCUGCUCACUGUGUACGAUAUGUGCAAAGCUGUUGACAAGUUGAUGGAAAUAGAUGGUUGUCAAGUUGUGAAGAAAUCAGGUGGUAAGAGUGGAGACUGGGAAAUCUCUGGAAGAUGA